AUGAUGGCGUCCCAAGACCAGUCUCUCCUGGACCUAACUGAUAAAGAAACGCGUGAAAAACUUUCUCUUUGGGACCGUCCACCAGAUCCCCUGGCUCCUCUGACAGAGAAACAAACGGACUCCAUUCUAGAGAUCCGCGCUGCUGCCGAAACGCUCCCCAUUCCUGCAGAGCUGCCCAUUGAGGAUCUGUGUAGUUUCACGUCGCGUUCACUACGCUCCUCGUUCACGACGACCGUGCCAGCGUCCACAGAGGAUGUCCUACUCAAGGGUUUUCAGAUGUUGGAUUUGGAGAAUGAACGAAUAGAGACGGCACAGCAGUUUUUCUCAUGGUUUUCCAAGCUUCAAGUACAAAUGAACCAGGAUGAGCAAGCCAAAUACAGGAAUACUCGUGAGGCUUUGAAUAGCUACCAGGAGCAGUGUGAUGCCAUUUUGACUGAUGUGAAUGCUGCGUUGGAGCAUCUUGACUCUCUGCAGAAACAGUAUCUGUUUGUGUCUACUAAGACAGGGACGCUACAUGAGGCAUGCGAACAGCUUCUGAAGGAACAGUCAGAGCUGGUGGACUUGGCAGAAAGCAUUCAGCAGAAGCUCUCAUAUUUCAAUGAGCUUGAAAAUAUAAACACGAAACUGAACUCCCCUACUCUAUCUGUGAACAGCGAAGGAUUCAUACCAAUGCUGUCAAAAUUAGACGACUGUAUAGAUUAUGUUUCAUCUCAUCCAAAUUUUAAGGACUAUCCAGUAUAUCUAGCCAAAUUUAAGCACUGUCUGUCCAGAGCAAUGCACCUUAUGAAGACACAUAUCGUCAACACGCUGCAGAACCUGAGCAGCCAACUCACAAAAAGGGAUCCAUUGGGAGCUGCCAACGCAGAUAACGCGUUUACGUUGUAUUACGUGAAGUUCCGGGCGGCGGCACCCAAAGUCAGAACACUGAUCGAACAGGUGGAACAGCGAUCAGAGAAAAUUCCAGAGUAUCAGCAGCUAUUGGAUGAAAUUCAUCAGUGUUAUCUGGACCAGAGAGAGCUGUUACUCAGUCCCAGUAUCACCUCCACCAUCACAGACCUGACAGGCCAGAAUAACAAAGACCACUGCGCGCUGGUCAGAAGUGGCUGCGCUUUCAUGGUUCACGUGUGUCAGGACGAACAUCAGCUUUAUAACGAAUUCUUCUCCAAACUCACACCAAAGCUAGACGAGCUGUUGGAGAAGCUGUGUCUGUCCCUGUACGACGUGCUUCGUCCGCUCAUCAUUCACGUCAUUCACCUCGAGACGCUGUCCGAGCUCUGUGGCAUUCUGAAGAACGAGAUGUUGGAGGACCACGUUUACAACAACACUGGGCAGCUGGGAGCGUUUGAAACGGUGGUGAAGCAGAUGUUGGAGGACGUGCAGGAGAGGCUAGUGUACAGAACACACAUCUACAUCCAAACAGACAUCGUGGGAUACAACCCCGCCCCAGGGGACCUGGCCUACCCCGAAAAACUGGAGAUGAUGGAGAAAAUCGCCCAGAGUCUAAAGGAGGAGCAGAUGAAACGAUCGGCUCAGGAGUCGUCCUUCUCUGACGUCCAGCUGGAAGAUCCCGAUUCAAAGAAACCCACCGGCCCUGGUCAGUGUCUCACCUCAGGCUCUCGCUCUCAGACGACCAUCUCCCCCGCAGACCUCCACGGCAUGUGGUAUCCCACCGUCAGACGGACGUUAGUCUGUCUGUCCAAACUCUACCGCUGCAUUGACAGGGCAGUGUUCCAGGGUUUGUCUCAGGAAGCCCUGUCUGCCUGCAUCCAGUCUCUCCUCAAAGCCUCUGAGAUCAUCCUUAAAAACAAGACACAGAUAGACGGGCAGCUCUUUCUGAUUAAGCACCUCCUGAUUCUACGCGAACAAAUCGCUCCCUUUCACACAGACUUUGCCAUCAAAGAAAUCUCACUGGACUUAAAGAAAACCAGAGAUGCUGCUUUCAAGAUUCUGAACCCUAAGGCAGUGCCUAAGUUCUUCCGCCUGAACAGUCACAAUGCCAUCCUGGAGUUUCUGCUGGAGGGAACACCGGAGAUAAAGGAACACUACAUUGACUCAAAGAAGGACGUGGACCGGCACCUGAAGUCCAGCUGCGAACAGUUCAUUCAGCAGCAGACACGGACCUUUGUGGCCAGUCUGGAGGAGUUUCUCACCAAGAUCACGGCGCUGAAGACGAUGGCGGUUCAGGGCGGUCCGACGUACAGCCUUUCCCAGCAGCCCUGGGCCCAGCCUGCUAAGAUUAACGACCUGGUGAUGAGUGCGUACAGAGUGAUGAAGACAAAGCUUCCCAGUACGUUACAGAGCAUGUCUCUGUAUUUGGCCAAUAAAGACACAGAGUUCAUCCUCUUCAAACCGGUCCGGAACAACAUCCAGCAGGUGUUUCAGAAGUUGCACAUCGUCCUGCAGGAAGAGUACAGUGGAGAAGACCUGCAGAUCAUUGCCUGCCCUUCCAUGGAACAGAUCAAUUUGCUGUUGUCUGUGAGUAAGUAGACUCCAGGACUCUCCGGCUGUAGGUAGACGCUGUCUCUGGGAAACUGCUGUAUGUGUGUGCCUUUGCCUGCGCCUGCGCCUGCGCCUGCGUCUGCGUCUGCGUCUGCGGUCCCAACCCCAGGAACCUUCCGGAAAACACCCAAGGGGUUAGAAACGGAGACCGUGGACUGAGAGCGGAGAGGGUCGAGGCUUCUCGACGGACAACGGGGGAGCGAGAAAAAGAUCCUGAGGUGGAGGAAUUUGAAGAAAAGCACUUGCGUUACAAAGAAGACUUUGUAUUUGCCAAAGACUUUUGUGAUCCAACACAACCCAGAAUAAUACGACAUUCAUGGCAUUUAAGCAUCAACUAGUGGUGGAUUGGAAUUUUUUUUUUUUUUUCGGUACUGACUUCAAAAAUCAAUGUGUAGAAAACUAAUUUGUGUAGGUAAAGGGUCACUGUAUUGGCAUCUAUAUGGGGUCUGGGUUUGUCACAGACUAUUGGUCAUUGGGGCUAAAGUAUCAAGUGCUCAUGAGAAUCUUACAGAGAAACAGGUUUUUAUAUUCUGACUGGAGGGAGAGAAAGUCUUAUCCGUCACGGUUAGUCCUCUGAGCUUAAACGACAGAUAAAACAGUUCAUCCACUAUGUCUGCUUGAAUGUAGGGCAGAGAAAGCUCUACAUUCAGGACAUAGGACGUGUUUUAGGGGAGAAGUUAGGGUUGUAACUUAAGUGAAUAUGAUAUUAUUUAAAAGCUGAUAAAACUUAUAGAAAUAUGGGCUCUGGUCUAAGACACUGAUUUAGCCUUUUUUAAAAAAAAACAAAAAAAAAAACGCAUACAAGCAAUACUUCUCACAUAGACGACUCGUUCUGUGAAUUAAGGCUUUUAAAGAACGUCUCCUCUGAUGCACUGUGAAGGAGUGUCAUUUCAGAAGUCUGACCCCAGAUAAGCCGAUAUCUUGUCAUUAUGAGGAACUGUGAGCUCAAACACUGACAUCAGGUCAGGACAGCUAGUGUCUAAUCCUGCUUUCAUACUCUUCCAGUUUGGUUUCGUUGUGUUUAUGCAAGGCCUGGGUCACUCAUGUUGUUGCUGUACUCUGUGGAUUUCAGGUGGUAUUCAAUCACUAACCUAAAACAGUGACUGGUCAGAGCACUCUCUGUAUGUCAUUCAAUUCAGUGGUGAGGUUACUGUCUUUCCAUUUGCAGUGUUAAAUGAUGAAUGGCAACCAUGCCCAUGUUCUCAGAUUUGAAAACACACUGUUGUUUUUUUGUUUUGUUUUGUUUUGUGCUGGCAGCGCAGUGGCGUACCCUCAUGACACUAUCGUUGGAGUGGUCUCUGUGAUUGGAUUAAGAUAUCAGCUCUGACACCUUAAUGUAAUAGGCAAAUGUUAGUUUAUAAAAGCAGUUUAUCGGGCCCCUGGAGUAAACCCAGUAUGAAAAGAUAGCAAGAGAAGAAUGUCAAAUCUUUUCCUUCCUGUUUGAUUUCCCGUGAUAUGUUACCAGUGCAGAAGCCUUUGGAAAAAAAAAAAAAAAAAAGGCACGCAGGCAUUUUGAAUGUUGAGAUAAAACAAAGAAGAGAAGCUAAGAAGAACUCAGUUUGCACAUGGAAUUCUUCAAUAUCUAUUCCUUUUCUCUGGCAUCAGCAGUCCUUAACAGAAGUGUCCCUUUAGUCAAAUUUGUAAUUUAUUUUCUAUCUCCAACACUGAUCACACGUGUCCUUGGGUUUGUUCCAGCCGUCUUUCUCUUAUAUUUGGAUUUGUUCUACCAUGUAUUUUAAAGAAUUUGUCAUUCAACAGCAACUUCCUUCUGUGUCAAUAGUGUUUGAUAAACAUGCAAAUAUGUACAAAGAAACCUUGUUUUUUUUGUUUUGUUUUGGGGUUUUUUUUACCUGUUCCUUUUGUAUUUGGGGUGCUUAUUUGGCUUUCGGGCACAAACGGGCCUUCGCACUGUAAAGAGUG